AUGUAUUUUCCACACAUUGUUUUCAGUGCUGCGAGAGGUGUGCUCGACGACUGGCAGUAUUCAGCAACUCAUCUCGGGCGGACCAUAGAGCAACAUUCCCCCACACGUUCUCAGUUGUGUUGGCAGCAUCCUGAAGAACGCCGGAUCUUGUCGAGGGAACUCCGCGCUUCGCAGACCACCGGCGAUUUCGGUCGUGCGAGUUUACGUGCGUCGGCCCGGCGAAAUUCGUCUCCAGAAGAGCAAUAA